CACUGACAACAACACACGUACUUGAAUCAUUUGUAGGGAUUUUAGGGUUGUGUUUUUUAGUGCAAUAAUUGACGUUUAUAAUCCUUAUCAAAAAGCCAAGGAUAUGUGUAGUCCGAUUGCAGAUGUGCACUGUUUUUAUAACUUCGGCAUAAUUUAUUUUUAAUGCCAGCGAUAAUAUGGUUACACAUUCGCUAUCGUAUUUUAUUAUUUUAUUGACGCUGCAAGAGGUGUUUGUUAAAACACACUUAACUCUUCAUGACAACAGUCAUGGAUUCGUUUCACACAACCACGAAAGGUUUUUCGUUGAUGACAUUUCAGCAUUUCAUCAGGAAGUAUCAUCCUCCGUAAGGAGCCCCUCACUCAAUGAUCUCGGCAUGAAACUUUUGCUAAAGUUUGAUCCGGAAUUUUUAGAUUUCGAACAAAGGCCACUGGGAAUACCUCAUCUGGCCAAAGUUACACUUUUCAACAUCGAUAGUAACAGAAGUAUCGAUAUGACUUCGAUCUCUGGAAGCACUGUUCAUUUUCACAGCUCGUUUUUCGAGGACAAGAGAAUUCCUCCGUUGGGAAACACGUCCUUUAACGUCGUGUUCUUGGGGCGCGAGGAGGGUGCCAUUGAAAGUAGUUUAUUUAUUCACACUACUGAUGGGCAUUUUAAAUAUCAGGUGAAAGGAGCAAGUGUCUCGAGCCCGUACAGGCUUAGACCGAUUGUUGGUAUAAAAUUACCAUUAAACACUACAUUUUCACCUCUUAUCCAUAUGUAUAAUCCGUAUACAGAGCCGAUACAGAUUGUAGAAAUAUACAGUAGCGGCGGUGAUUUUCAUUUGGAGCUUCCAAGUGGUGAAUUGGAAGGGCCGAAAAACAUGUGGGAAAUACCGCCUCUUCAGUCCAAAGCUGUAAUAAGGGUGCGGUUCCAUGCUCGAACCGAACAAAAUCAUACGGCAUACGUAAGGAUUAAAUUAAACAACACCGAAGAUAUUUUAGUGGUUCCAUUAGAAGUGGAAGUUACCUCAAGUGCAGGUUUGUACGUACCGCAAGGGUCCGUCGAUUUCGGUGUCGGUGGAUCCCUCGAUCUACCAAAGCUGUUAAAUUUAUACGUGCACAACCCGUUGAAGAAGGCGGUUAGAAUUCACAGCAUAUCAUCAACAUCGAAGGCCAUAAAAAUUGACUAUGAGAAUGUGAAAGUUCCGUCAGAUUUACGCAGUUCAAAGGGAACUCCAACUUCAACUAAAAUUGCAACACUUACACUCGAUUGGAAAACCGCACACGAGAACAAAGAUUUCUCAGGGAAAAUAGUAAUUAGAUACAAAAAUGGAAAAAGUAAAACAGAAAUUCCAUACUACAUAACUGUCUUAGAAGGCGGUCUGUUAUUUAACUCGUCCAUUACAACAUAUUUUAUAAACGAAUCACCUAAGCAAAUGAUAUCAAGAGAUGUUACAGUAAAAAACGAUUUCUUAAUACCACUUGCGCUAACAAAUGUUUCUUUGCUAUCGGACGCCCGUAAAUACUUUAAUAUACUUAAUUUUAAACCAGUGAUUUUGCAACCUCAAGAGGAGCUGACUAUAUUUACUCUUAAUUUAAAAAUUGACACGUCCUUGUCAAACUUAAAACUUAACUCUUGUAUUGUAUUGACGACAAAUAUCUCCACAGUCGAACUUCCCCUAUUGAGCUACAAUGGGAAGCUACAGUUGACUUUCCCUUACAUCAGUAACGAUAAUUCUCUGGAUUUAGGGCUAGUGAGCUUGGACACGGAGAAGUUUACUAGAUUUCUGUUACUGAAUACCAACCCUGUACCUGUUACUUUCAAUAAAAUUGCUUCGUCAUUACCCGCUAGCGCUAUCGAAGUAAUUGCUUGCGGCAAGGGAAAUCAUUCGGACGCGCUUUUGUUGAACCUGUCUAAAAAUGCCACACGAUGCACAAAUUUGGGCUCAAACGAAUAUGCGAUUGUGCAACUAAUGAUUCAUUCCCCACACGCCGAAGGACAGGUUUGGGGUGACAUAGUCGUUGAGACGCAGUAUGAGAAACUUUCAAUACCUAUACAUUAUAAGGUGGCACAAGGAAAAUUAGAAAUUGGACCUGAUCGAUUGGUGUUCGAUCAGUGCUUUCCGGGGAAAAUUUGCUCACAUCCCUUGAGGGUUCAUUCCACAUUUAAUGACCCGAUGGUUAUAGAAAAUAUUUUAAGCAUUCCACCAGAUCCAAGAUUAAGCACCAAACAUUUGGGACACAUAAUGGCCCGUUCCACGAAAGUUAUUGGCCAUUUAUACUUAGACCCCUCAUUGGGUUGCUCAAAUGACUGUUAUUGCGGUCUCAAUUCUGAGGAUUCAGAACGGUGGUUGGAAAGUCUGACAUUACCAACGACUACACCUGACUUGGACGUGGGUCUGGUUAAUGUCUUAUAUAAUCGGUAUCUAAACCAAACCGGAAACGGUUUGAGAAGAUGGCAAAAUUUAACCAUUCGUUUAGAUACAUCCGAAGUAAAAUGGCACAUUUUUAAAACGCGCGUUAAAAUGAGUUGGCCAUCUUUAGUGGUGGAAGACACACGCAGCAAUGGAAGUGUGUUUAAAUUUCCUCUAACACAAGUAGGAAAUUUUUCUUACUACAAUAUAAGUAUACGCAACCCUUCAAGUCAUAAAAUAAUUGUUCAGUUAGUAUUAAAUCCAGCAUAUCCCGGUAUUGAUAUUUUAAACGAUGGAUUGCCACCAAGUUUUAUUCCGGGCUACACCAAUUACGAAUUUCUCAGUCAAGCGGGUGCAUUUUUCUUUGUUGCUAACAAUAAUGUGCACCUAAAAUUUAAAUCGCAAACCGAUUUAAAUGCGCACGAAAACAGUUUACCACUUAUCUUAGAUCCGGGUGAAAAUUUCACCUUCACACUGGGAUUUAAAGCAGUUAGUCCCGUUAUUAGCUCUGCGUUUCUGUAUAUCAGAAACAACCUAACCGUCAUGGAGGUGAUACAGUUAGUGGGACAAGGGUCGAUUCCCCACUUUAAAUUUGGGAACCGUAGACCGGGUUCAAUUCAACCAUUAUCCUUUGAACUUACCGACAAACAUCUGAAAGAUUGUGAACAUAAGAAGCAUCCUCUGCCAAAUCUGACGGUUAAGCGUACGUUCACUGCUCGGAAUAUGGGCGAGGUCACAAUUUUUGUAACCGGAUUUUUUAUCAACACGAAUCCAUGCGAAGGAUAUGGAUUUAAAGUUUUAAAUUGUGAACCAUUCAGUUUGCAGCCUAACGCAACAAAGAAGAUUGAUAUUGCAUUUACGCCCGACUUUACGUUGGCCAAGGUGAUUCGAACAUUAAGCUUGGAAACUAGUUUGCAUGUUCCGGUCAAUUAUACUUUACUAACGACAGUACCGCCGGCGUAUUUAUUACCGUGUUCAAUGGCUUUGACUCGUCCAGCAUGGGAGCCAUAUUUAUAUUACCUAAUGCUUUCGUCGAUGUGUGUGUUACUUUUGUUUGUUAUCGCGAUGAUUAUAAUUGAAGCAGAGCACACACUGAAAGAGGCAGUUGUUUUCGUAAGUAGAACUAGUUCUACAACUCAACCAACCUUAGAUCUGCGGUUGGUGGCAGCACAGACUAGAAAUGAAAUUCGGGCACAGAAGGUGGAGGAGGUGCCGCCAAAGGAGAAGAUCCAAUCUGACACAAAGAGUGAAACAGAUAUUCUGCACCAAAUGGAUGAUACAAAUAAGACUAACAAGGAGACUGAUAAAUAUACCGCACUAGUUCCUACAACAGGCAAAUCAAAGAAGAAGUUACCAAAAAAAAUAACAAAUGAACCAAGCGCGAGCGACGUACAGAAAAAAUGUUGCAAAGCUAAAUGCACUGAAAAGCUGUCCAUCGAACACGACAGUCAAAAGAAGCACGAUCUCAAGGAGCACAAGAAAUUAACACAUUUAAAGAAAAUUUCCGAAGAGGAAUCAUCAUCCACCACCACAGAAAGCAGCAACAAUGAAGAGGGCGAGAAAGAGGCGAAGACUACAGGGAAAAAAUCGCCCGUCUCAAAAGCGCCGGCUACACUGAAAACGCCGUCGCCUAGCGAAGUAGGCAAAUUUGAUUUCAAACGUACCACGCGGAAAGUUGUUCCCAAAUCCAAAGACAAAGAACAAGAACAGAAAGAGGUAAAAGUAACCGCCGAUAAUAAAUUGAGAGGGGUGAAAACUUUUGCGAAAGAUCGCAAAGACAAACAGCCACUUGUCAAGAAAUUGUCAAUAGAGAAAAAACUCGAGAACACCAACGGAUCGGUUCGAUUAAGUCCGACUUUUCAAUUUAGCAGCGUUUGGGGCGAGAAUCGCGCAACGUUUAGCGAUGUCGUCGCGCGAAGCGACAACGUCGCCUUGCGCCAACCGCUUACGCCGACGCAGAAUCAGAUUAAUAAACCGACAAUGUACGUGGAACCGUACAAGCAAUCGUCGGUCGAUUUGGGCCCUAUCGGAUCUAAGAAGAGCGAUUUCAACCAGGAGAAUCACGCGCGAAGCUCGCAAGAUCAGUUCAAUGAGUUAUCGAAUAGCUUUUUCAGUGACGCUCAUAAUUUGAAUUUGGAAACUUCAAAUCCCUUCUUAAAUUUUGGGGAGAAUUGGGAGCAACGUAAUUCGUCAUCUCAACUUUUAUCGUUGAUGCAAUCUAAUGGUGGGUGUUCAUCGGCUGUUGGGACAAUGCCAGAUUCAUGGAGCCAAAGUAUUCAAAGUGCCGACACGAAUGGAUACUGGGAUGGUACUCCUUCCCAUGGCUCACUUAACGAGACGGUCCCAACGCCAUUGACGAAUCCCGGGUGUAGUUAUUUAUGGGGUUCAUCAUCUGUAUGGCAACCUUGGGCGCCUGCAGAGAGGACGCCGACACGAGCACCUCCAGGUUUUAGCAGCAACCGUGAGCUUGACGAACGAAUGCAGCAUAAUCAGGCGUACGAUUUGUUCGGUAUGACCAACAUAUGGGCACAACAAUAUCCGAAUCCGUGGAAUUAUCCGCAAAGCCAAUAAAUUGCAAAUCCGUUUCGUUGUUGUUUUAUGUUAAGACUGUGUUCCUACACUUAUAAUACUCAUUUCGUUAGGCGAUUGGCUUGACGGAAUCUUUACUUACAAAUAGAGUACCUAACAAUUCAAGUGUUUAGCUGGUCUGAAUGUUAAAUUACGUUUAAAAAUCAUUCAAAGAUCACGUGAUAUUGUGAGUUUUCAGAAUAAAUGCAACAUUGCAGCACUAUUUAUUGA